GUGUUAUUGACACUCAUUAAACAGCAAGUUUGAAAGUCUAAGAGUCUCAUCCACACUGUCAACAAGUUCAUCUUCCAAGCCCCAGUCUUCUCUUUCCUAGGGCUCAGGACCCUUCCCCUGCCACACGCAGGCAGCCUUGCACACCUGGGAGAAGAACAACAGACGAAAGCUCUGAGCCUGGGACUAACUACUGCUGCUGUUCUCAGCGGGAGCCCCAGCGCGGAGACCUGAAAAGAUGGGGCCAGGUCUUCUGGGAUGCUUUCCUCUCCUAUUGCUGCUGGGACUAUGGUGGUCAGUGUGUCCACUUUGUGCUUUGCCUAAGCAUCUCACCAAGGCUCGCUGGUUUGAAAUUCAGCAUAUACAGCCAAGGCUUCUCCAGUGCAACAAGGCAAUGAGCAGUGUCAAUAAUUAUACUCAGCACUGUAAGCCUCAAAACACCUUUCUGCACAACUCCUUCCAGGACGUGGCUGUGGUCUGUGAUUUGCCCCACAUCGUCUGUAAGAAUGGGCGGCACAACUGCCACCAGAGUCCAAAGCCUGUUAACCUGACUCAGUGCAGUCUCACUGCGGGGAAGUAUCCUGACUGCCGCUACCGAGAUGACACCCAAUACAAGCUCUUCAUUGUUGCCUGUGACCCCCCUCAGAAGAGCGACCCUCCUUAUCAUUUGGUUCCUGUACACUUAGACAAGAUUGUUUAAAGUUUCCAUCAUUUUCCCUCUCACUUGGCACAAAUUCUCUUACGAUCUCUUCUGAUUUUUCUUUUCUUUUGUUGAUUUUCCUGGUUCCCAUAGAAGGAAAAAGGAGGGUAUUGGAAAAAUUAGAGUGAUGAGGAUAGACCAGAGUUGGGACAAAAAAUAUGUAGGAUUCUUUUCUGCUUUGGAGCUCUAGGUUUUGAAGGAAGAUAGUAGGGAAGAGGGCAAAGAAGGGUCCAGGUCUCCAUAUUUUCAGCCUUAGAACUUCGGCCAACUUUUGUUGUAUUGUGUUCACAGAAA